CCCUAGAGUUAAUCCCAUCAGCCGAGGGAGCUCAGCUCUCCCCGUGCCACACUGGGAUCCGCCUGGCAGCAGCCGGGAGCCGCAGCCAAUGUGCUAGGACUUCAGGUGCUUCUUGGCACAAAGCUAGACUGCGACCUCCUACCGUAGCGCUUGGCGUCACCUGCUCUCCCGGCCCUGCCCCGGGGCCGAGGGAUUGCGUCCCGAACCAGGCUUGGGAAUCGGCCGCCUCUCAAAUGAACCUGUAGUCUUGCUUUGAAAAAGCCAUUUUGUGUAACUCUUGACUGAAUAAUUUCCUAUAACACCUGUUGGGAGGAUCACUGACACAGUAUGCCAUUUGAAAGGUCUUUUCCUUGAACAAAUACUGGUGAUUAGAGAAGAGAGGUGUUCUGUUUUUUUUUUUCUUUGUUUUUUUUUUUUUUUUCCUGAUCAUUAUGAACAUUGGCUUUUCACCCUGAAGUCAAAAUGUUGAAAACCGAGUCUUCAGGUGAACGAACCACUCUCAGAAGUGCCUCUCCUCACAGGAAUGCAUAUAGAACUGAGUUCCAGGCACUGAAAAGUACCUUUGACAAACCCAAGUCAGAUGGAGAACAAAAAACAAAAGAAGGUGAGGGUUCUCAGCAGAGCAGGGGAAGGAAAUAUGGCUCCAAUGUCAACAGAAUUAAAAAUCUGUUUAUGCAGAUGGGUAUGGAACCCAAUGAGAAUGCUGCCGUCAUUGCCAAAACAAGGGGGAAAGGUGGACCUUCAUCUCCUCAGAGAAGAAUGAAGCCCAGAGAAUUUCUGGAGAAAACAGAUGGCUCAGUUGUUAAGUUGGAGUCCUCUGUUUCAGAACGAAUUAGUAGAUUUGACACAAUGUACGAUGGCCCUUCAUAUUCUAAGUUCACAGAAACUCGGAAGUUGUUUGAGAGAAGUAUGCAUGAAUCAGGACAAAACAACCGGUAUUCCCCAAAGAAAGAGAAAGCUGGGGGGAGUGAACCUCAGGAUGAAUGGGGUGGUUCGAAGUCCAACAGAGGCAGUACUGAUUCCCUGGACAGCCUUAGCUCCCGGACAGAGGCUGUCUCCCCAACUGUGAGUCAACUGAGUGCAGUAUUUGAGAACACCGACUCCCCCAGUGCCAUCGUUUCUGACAAAGCUGAAAACAAUGAAUACUCAGUGACUGGGCAUUAUCCCCUGAUUUUACCAUCUGUGACUGUUACAAAUCUUGACACCUUUGGUCACCUUAAGGAUUCUAAUUCUUGGUCUCCUCCAAGUAAACACGGUGAUGAUACAGAGGAUGCUCAGAAGAGUAUUACAACUCCAGUACCAAAAGUGGCUUCGAAAAGUACCUCUCUAGCUUCGAUGCCUAGUGAAGAGAUACAGCAGAGCAAGGAAGCCGAGGACUCCACAUCUAACCAAGAGACUCCUGACAGAAUAGACAAAGACAUUCCUGAGGAACCUUGUGCUGAGAAUAAGGCAAUGCCCGAGUCUGACAUCCCUUCACCACAAAAUGAACCUUUAGAAGACCCUGAAGCUAAUUUGGUUGGGAAUGAGGCAGCAAUGCAACAGAAGAAAGAACUUGCAGGUGGUGGUUUUACCUCUGCUGAUGUUUCUGGAUCCAGUGGUGGGAAGGGAGUAUCUGAAGAUUCAAAUAAUUUUGAGAGUUCCCAUGUUUACAUGCAUAGUGACUAUAAUGUGUAUAGGGUGAGAUCCAGGUAUAAUUCAGACUGGGGAGAGACAGGCACAGAACAGGAUGAGCAGGAAGAUAGUGAUGAAAACAAUUCCUAUCAACCUGACAUGGAAUACUCGGAAAUCGUUGGAUUGCCGGAAGAAGAGGAUAUUCCAGCAAAUAGGAAAAUUAAGUUUAGUAGUGCUCCAAUUAAGGUUUUCAGCACAUACUCCAAUGAAGACUAUGACAGAAGAAACGAUGAAGUUGACCCUGUGGCUGCGUCUGCUGAGUAUGAACUUGAAAAGCGUGUAGAAAAGCUGGAACUUUUCCCAGUGGAACUAGAGAAAGAUGAGGAUGGACUUGGAAUAAGUAUUAUCGGCAUGGGUGUUGGAGCAGAUGCUGGACUUGAAAAGCUGGGGAUAUUUGUUAAGACAGUAACAGAAGGUGGUGCUGCUCAGCGAGAUGGCAGAAUACAAGUCAAUGACCAGAUUGUGGAAGUGGAUGGAAUCAGCUUGGUGGGUGUCACACAGAAUUUUGCUGCAACCGUUCUCAGAAACACCAAGGGCAAUGUCAGAUUUGUUAUUGGGCGAGAAAAACCAGGCCAAGUGAGUGAGGUUGCCCAGUUGAUAAGCCAGACGCUGGAACAGGAAAGGCGCCAGAGAGAGCUGCUGGAGCAGCACUACGCCCAGUAUGACGCUGAUGACGAUGAGACAGGAGAAUAUGCCACAGAUGAAGAGGAAGAUGAGGUAGGACCUAUCCUUCCUGGAGGUGACAUGGCAAUUGAAGUCUUUGAGCUACCAGAGAAUGAGGACAUGUUUUCCCCAUCAGACCUGGACACAAGCAAGCUGAGUCACAAGUUCAAAGAGUUGCAAAUCAAACAUGCAGUUACAGAAGCAGAGAUUCAAAAAUUGAAGACCAAGCUGCAAGCAGCAGAAAACGAGAAAGUGAGGUGGGAACUAGAAAAAACUCAACUCCAACAGAAUAUAGAAGAGAAUAAAGAAAGAAUGCUGAAGUUGGAGAGCUACUGGAUUGAGGCUCAGACAUUAUGCCACACAGUAAAUGAACACCUCAAAGAGACUCAAAGCCAAUAUCAGGCCUUGGAAAAGAAAUACAACAAGGCGAAGAAAUUGAUCAAGGAUUUUCAACAAAAAGAACUUGAUUUCAUCAAAAGACAGGAAGCAGAAAGAAAGAAAAUAGAAGAUUUGGAAAAAGCUCAUCUUGUGGAAGUUCAAGGCCUCCAAGUACGGAUUAGAGAUUUGGAAGCUGAGGUGUUCAGGUUACUGAAGCAAAAUGGGACUCAAGUUAAUAAUAACAACAACAUCUUUGAGAGAAGAACAUCUCUUGGUGAAGUCUCCAAAGGAGAUACCAUGGAGAACUUGGAUGUCAAGCAGACAUCUUGUCAGGAUGGCCUAAGUCAAGACUUGAAUGAAGCAAUCCCAGAAACAGAGCGCCUGGAUUCAAAAGCACUGAAAACCCGAGCCCAGCUCUCCGUGAAAAACAGACGCCAGAGGCCCUCUAGGACGAGACUCUAUGAUAGUGUCAGUUCAACAGAUGGGGAGGACAGUCUAGAGAGAAAGCCUUCAGACAGUUUCUAUAACCACAUGCAUAUUACCAAAUCACUUCUGCCCAAGGGUUUGAGAACUUCUUCUCCAGAAUCAGAUUCUGGUGCUCCAUCCCUCACUUCAGUGGCUGACCACAUAGCUGAAUUUCAAGGAUCCUUGCACCCAGAAAGGGAAACUUCCUCCUCUAUUUGGGGAGACACUUCACUCUCUUCUCCUUCAAAAUCUGAUCCUGAUAUGGAAGAAUCUCCUUGCCACCAUCAAGCCACCACCAAGAAAACAUCACAAGAAAAAGAUGGUGCCAAAGGUCCCAAAUCAUUAAGGGCAUCCAGUUCAUUGGUGUUGCAAGGAGGAAAAAUUAAGCGGAAGUUUGUGGAUCUGGGGGCACCACUACGAAGGAAUUCCAACAAAGGAAAGAAAUGGAAAGAAAAAGAAAAAGAAGCCAAUAGGUUUUCUCCAGGUGGCAGGAUCUUCAGAGGCAGGCUGGGACACUGGAAACCGAAGCCACCCUCUGCAGCUCAGGCCUCCCCUCGCUCGCCUUGCAUGCCUUUCUCGUGGUUUAAUGACAGCCGGAAAGGAUGCUAUUCCUUCACGAACCUGCCUUCAUCCACAAGUCCCCUCCAGCCUUCUCCUGAAACUCUAAUUUCAGAUAAAAAGGGGUCCAAGAAUUUCACCUUCAAUGAUGACUUCAGUCCCAGUAGUACCAGUUCGGCAGACUUAAGCGGCCUAGGAGCAGAACCCAAAACACCAGGGCUGUCUCAGUCCUUAGCGCUCUCUUCUGAUGAGAGCCUGGAUAUGAUAGAUGACGAGAUCCUUGAUGACGGACAGUCCCCCAAACACAGCCAGUGUCAGAACCGGGCCGUUCCCGAGUGGAGUGUACAGCAGGUCUCUCACUGGCUAAUGAGCCUGAAUCUGGAGCAGUAUGUAUCUGAAUUCAGCGCCCAAAACAUCACUGGAGAGCAACUCCUGCAGUUAGAUGGAAAUAAACUUAAGGCUCUUGGAAUGACUUCAUCCCAGGACCGAGCUGUGGUCAAAAAAAAACUCAAGGAAAUGAAGGUGUCUCUAGAGAAGGCUCGGAAGGCUCAAGAGAAAAUGGAGAAACAAAGAGAAAAGCUGCGGAGGAAGGAGCAGGAGCAAAUGCAGAGGAAGUCUAAAAAGACGGAAAAGAUGACAGCUACCACAGAGGGAGCCGGUGAGCCCUAACUCACACCCUCUUCCUGAGAGGGUCUCCACCUGUUGCUGCCCUGCUCUCCUCUGGAGGAUGAAGAAGGAACUGAUGAGAGGGGUAAUGUGCUCUAGGCAGACUGGGGAACCGUGUGUUGAAUAACUGCGUUUUCUGCAAUAACAGAAUGCACUCUUAAUUUUAACCUGCUGAAAUAAUCCCAAGUCACCUUUCGUUUCUUAAACAAACCGAGGAGCUCAUUUGUGAGAGAUGCAAAGUAACUAUGUUUCUCUCUUACUUACCAGCAUC